AGCACCAGCUACACACAUAGCCAUAGCCACAUCCCUCGCUAGACACGAUAUAUCCACCCACUGAUACCCAUCCCACCUGCGAUGACGCACCUGAUGGGCCCCACCGAGUGCGCCAGCGCCAUGAUGACCACCUCCAUGCAGUUCCUGGACACGAGUCUGCCGGACUACAACUGCUACGCCAACGACUACUGGACAUCGCCGUACAUGAGCGGCGGCCUCAGUCCCAUGAAGCAGAUCGAAGCCUGCAUCCAAACGGCUGGCAAGGAUCGCAGCUCGUACAAGCCGCUGGAGCAGAUCGAUGCCAAGUUGGCGGACAUCGAGACGCACAGUACAGGCAGCACUGGCACCGCGAACAGCAGCACCAGCAGCAGCAGCAGCAACAGCAGUCUCUCCGGCGGCAAUGGCAUCUCGAAUGCCAGUUGCCAGGAACCGUCGUCGCACGAUUAUGCCGGCGGCAACAGUGAAGCCUCGAUGGCGCCGACCAACACAUCCACAGCGACAGGAGUCAGUGGCGGAGUCAGUGCAUCGGCGGCAGCCAAGAAGUUCAAGGGGCAGCACAAAAAAGACAACAACAACGCUGCGGAGAACAGCGGUACUGUGAAGCCCAACAGCCACAGCAUCAGCAAAGGGGAAGCGGAGCCAGUGCAUCCAUCGCUCGCCCAGGCCAUCGUGGUGCUGGAGACGAAGGCGCUGUGGGAUCAGUUCCACGCCCAGGGCACCGAGAUGAUCAUCACCAAGACGGGCCGUCGCAUGUUCCCCACCUUCCAGGUGAGGAUCGGCGGCCUCGAUCCGCACGCCACCUACAUCUGCAUGAUGGACUUUGUGCCCAUGGACGACAAGCGCUAUCGCUACGCCUUCCACAACUCCUGCUGGGUGGUGGCUGGCAAGGCGGAUCCCAUUUCGCCGCCCAGGAUCCAUGUGCAUCCCGACUCCCCGGCCGCCGGCUCCAAUUGGAUGAAGCAGAUCGUCUCCUUUGACAAGCUGAAGCUCACCAACAACCAGCUGGACGAGAAUGGUCAUAUCAUUCUGAACUCAAUGCACCGCUACCAGCCGCGUUUCCAUCUGGUGUACCUGCCGCCGAAGAACGCGUCCCUGGACGAGAACGAGCACUCCAGCCACUUCCGCACCUUCAUCUUUCCGGAGACGAGCUUCACGGCCGUAACUGCCUACCAGAACCAGCGGGUGACACAGCUGAAGAUCUCCAGCAAUCCAUUCGCCAAGGGCUUUCGCGAUGAUGGCACCAACGAUGUCACCACUGGCGGUGGCAGCAGCAUGUCCUCCAUGAGCCACGAAAGUCAGGCGCGCAUGAAGCAGCAACAGCAGCAGCAGCAGCAACAGCAGCAACUGCAACAGCAGCAGCAGCAACUCAAGGAGCGCACGGCGGCAGCCAGCAACUUCAGCCUCAGUUGCAGCGAACUGGCCAUUGAGCAGCAGCAGCAGCAGCAGCAACAGGGAGUCCUGCAGCUGCCGGCCACGCCCUCCAGCAGCUCCACCUCCGGCAACUCACCCGACCUGCUGGGCUACCAGCUGGAGCAGCAACUGCAGCAGCAGCAGCAGCAGCAACACCAGCAACAGCAGCAGCAGCAUCAGUCCCAGCAGCAACAUCUCCACCAGCAACACCAGGCGAACCAUGGCAACCAGCAGCAAUCGCUGCUCCAGCAGAGCCAGAACCACACGCAGUACGGCAGCUACCAUCACCACGCGUACCAGGCACAGGCACAGGCACAGGUGCAGCCCCAUCCCCUCACGCCGCACUCCAGCAGCUCCGCAUCCCCGCCAGCAACUGCUGCACCCACAGCAUCAGCAGCAGCAGCAGCAGCAGCAGCAACAGCAGCAGCAACAGCAGCAGCAGCGGGCACAGGAGCAGCUGCCACGUCAGCCACACAGGUGAUGACCGCGGCGAACAUCUACUCGAGCAUUGGACAGCCGUAUGCCCAGGAGCAGAGCAACUUCGGCGCCAUCUACCAUCACAAUGCGGCUGCCGCUGCCGCCGCCCACUAUCACCAUGGCCAUGCCCACGGCCACGCCCAUAGCCACGCCCACGGCCACGCCCACGGUCCGUAUGCCAGCGCCUACGACAAGCUGAAGGUGUCGCGCCACGCGGCAGCCGCCGCCUACGGAAUGGGCGCCACCUAUCCAAGUUUCUACGGGUCGGCGGCCCACCACCAGAUGAUGCGGCCGAAUAGCUACAUCGACCUGGUGCCGCGCUAGGUGGGAUUGGGAAUCUAGAAUCUGGAAUCUGGAAUCAAGGGAGUCAUCGGGGGAUCGGGAACAUGUUCAGAUCAGAUAUUAACACCUAACUUGCCUGUAAAAAUGAUGAUUAAAUGCAAAUACUCUACACUUAGACUACGCCAACAUAGCCAAAGCUACAAAAUCUCAUGCCAAAGAUUCGUUCUAAAAUCAAGAAACUAUUUCCACAGCAACUAGUUGCCAUAUUAAAUUAUAAUUUUGCCUGCAAAGAUGUUGCAACAUUCACUACAAAACCAAAUAACUAAGUUUAAGCCAAGCAAAAAGCACAGCAAUUAUUCAAAUGCCUUAAAUUAUAAUAUAAACUUAAUUGGAGGAAUCUUGUUCUUGAUUUUAGAAUUCAAUUUGUUGGAUUUCAAGUAUUAGCAGCCAGAAAACCAAAUAUAAAUGCAACAAGUAUUACACGUAUUUCUACAUCAAAAAAACUACCAUUACAAGUAAACAAUUUUUUUUUAGUUUAGGCAUUAACUUAAACGAUUUGUGUGAAACAGCAACAUGAAUUCAUGGAGAAUCUUGUGAGCUGUAGUGUAAUUUAAUAUACAUUUUUUUUGCUUAACACUUUAGUUACUGUUUUUUUUUAUCUAUGUAAAUAGAAGUACAUAUGUCGCUAUAUUUAAGAACUGCAACAGUUUCAAGCAAUAAAAGCAA